GAAAGAAGCAAGCGACAUGAUGAAGACGGCGGCGCGCUGGUGAACUAUUCUGCUGUUUUCGAGGAAGCAACACUUGUGAGAGAGUGAUGGAUGAUGUAGACAGUGGUCUUUCUGACUUCAUUUACUCUGUGCUGCCAAAUUCAAGUUCAAAUGACCUGCUGUUAGAGGCUCUUCAGACCUUGGGUGUGGAAACCGUGGAAGAUUUAAAAUAUGUCCAGGAGGCAGAUCUUGUUAAUACCCUCAGGCCAAUUGAAGCUCGAAAAUUGAUUGCGAGAUUUAAAGCUUUUUCUGAAAAGGAUGCCAAAGAGAUUCCUGAUCUGCCUACCAGAGCUGAGCCAGAAAGAUGUAUAAGCACACACACAGGAACAAUGCCAUGCAGAGACCAUCCAUCUACAAAUGAAUACAGUGCAGUUCAUUCCAACUCUCCAUAGUCUUCCUCAAGCUCAAGUGAAGUCUCAACUCCUCAUAGAAAUACUCCAGUGAAUAACAACUGGCACUUCAAUUUUGAGAUACCCUGGAGUAAAAUGCCGUCAGAACUUACCAGAAAGCUCGAAAAUAAAGAGCGGCCAACAGGACGUGAAAGACGUGAAAUGAUUCGCCUGAUGUUAGGAGAGAUUCUAACCAUCUGCCCUACACCAGGGAAGAAACAUCUAUGUGAAAUUGCCAGGAAGAUUGUUUCAAGAUAUCCUCUGUCAUUUAGAGAUGUCAUUGAAGAUCAAGUUGUUGGUAGUGGUUAUGACUCCCUUACCAAGCAGCUGCAGGCUAGACUUGACAACAUGAAAAGAGGGAAAACCUCACUUUACCUGAAAAGACAGACAUUCAGUGCAAGUGAGGGAGAAGACCCACCUUCCAAGAUAAGAAGAGUGGAUACAUAUGGUUGCACAAAUUGGCAAGCAAAACGGCUGCCACCGGGUGAAACUGAGGAGACUCAGAAAUGUGCACAAGAAGAAUUAAAGAACAUGCACAAAAACAAAAGCAAGAACGCCAAAAGUAUUCAAGAAAAAAUGCUGGCUACUUUCUACACUCAGAGAAGCGACAUAAGUAGAAUGGAAACCCCUGUUUUGGUAAAAGAGUGGCCAUAUCUGUUUGAGAUGUGCGGGAUAAUGGUCCACUUCAAAGAGCUAACAGAUAUGGAUGUUGACAGAGGAGCCAUCUCAAGUAAAUGUGAAAGAGUCAUUUCAUAUCUCAUGUCCCAUGACAAGAAGAACAGCAAAAUAGAGGGCAUCCUAGAAGGCAUUGAAAGUGCCAAAGCGAAGCAUCUAGAUCCUUAUCUUCCUGGAUGUGUGAUGCUGCUUCUGAAACAUUUCAGUGAAGAUCAGGCCAAGAUGUUUGUGAUGGUUGAUGAGACGUGUCUGCCAUCUGAAGUUGAUCAACUGCCCAAGCACGCCUUGCGUCGUUGUGUGUGGGAGUUCUCCCCUCACAGCUGAAAACUUGAUGAUUGCUGUGGACCAGACCAUCGUGAAAGAUGGGGUUACAAAUUGUGGUGAUGCCCUUGUAAUGAUGUUUGUAUCCUACUACUGCCU